UAUAGAUAGCAUAGUAUCAGAAAUUGUUAUUGCAUAUAUUGUUUUAGUAAGCGCAAGACACGGAUUCGUUACAACUUUGCGGUUUACUAUAGUAUUGACAGUGAUUGUGUUCGGAUCAAGGUGUGAUUGAUGUGCAUUUGAUUUUUUUCCUACAUUGACUAUAAAACAUUAUAAUUAAAAUAAUAAAAAAUAAUUAUUUAAAAUUAAAUCAUUUUAUGUGAAAAUGGACGCAGAAUACUUGGACGAUUUUAACGAUAAUGCAGUGAAAGAUACAGAAGUACAACGAUUUUAUAGAGGUACAAAUGUAUUCAUAACUGGUGGAUCUGGUUUCAUAGGAAAUAUUCUGAUUGAAAAACUUUUACGAUCAUGCAAUAUCAACAAAAUAUAUUUGUUGCUUCGACCCAAAAGAGGGAAGGAUAUCAAUAAACGUUUGGAGGAUAUGUUUUCUGGGCCGGUUUUUGAAAAUAUUAAAAAGAAAGUAAAUUUACAUAAGAAAAUUCAGAUUGUUACUGGCGAUUGUGCUGAGAAAGAAUUAGGCUUAUCAGCAGAAGAUAAAGCACAAUUAAUUAAUAAUAUACACGUGAUUUUUCAUGGUGCAGCAACUGUUCGAUUUGAUGAAGGUCUCCGUCAAAGUACAAAUAUUAAUGUUCGUGGUACAAUAGAAAUUUUGAAAUUGGCUAAACAAAUGCCGAAUUUAAAGGCUGUAGUCCAUAUAUCAACUGCUUUCUCAAAUUGUAUACAUUCGACAAUGGUUGAACAGAUUUAUCCACCAGCAAUGCAUUAUAAAGAAUUAAUCGCCUUGGUGGAUGCGUUAAAAGAUGACCAGUUAGAUAAAAUUACUGACACAGUACUCGGUGAUUAUCCAAACACAUACAUUUUUACAAAGCAAAUAGCUGAGAGUGUUAUUGAAGAAUUUGCGAACGAUAUACCAAUUGCCAUUGUUCGGCCAUCUAUAGUGACGGGAUCAGCAAAAGAACCAAUUGUUGGCUGGAUAAAUAACAUGUAUGGGGUAACAGGAAUUAUCGCUGGUGCUGCUUUAGGAAUUUUGCGAACUUUGUAUUGCAAUCCUGAUAAUACAGCCGAUUUAGUACCCGUUGAUUACGUUGCAAAUUGUUCAAUAGUUGCUGCCUGGGAUGUUGAAAAAAGGAGGAAUAAUAUGAUCAAUAAUUCAGAAGAUAAUAAUGAGGAUGUAGUGCCUGUGUUCAACUAUGUGAGUGGGACUGACAACCGAAUUACGUGGCGUGAUGUAAUGAAGUUCACGGAAGAGGUUGGUCCAACUGUACCAAGCCCAAAAAUUAUAUGGCACUAUUGGUUUACUCUUAAUAAACAUCGGUCAUUGCACAUAAUCUAUACUUACUUAUUGCAUUAUUUACCAGCCAUAAUGAUUGAUUUUAUACGGCAACUUAUGGGCAAAAAACCUAUGAUGAUGAAAGUAUAUCAAAAAGUAGAAAAAUUCAGUAUGGUAUUACGUUAUUUCACAAUCAAACAAUUCGAAUUUACCAAUGACAAUACAAAAGAUCUAUUCAAAAAAUUAUCUAAAAAGGAUCAAGAUUUAUUUAAUUUUGAUAUAAUGUCCAAAUAUGAUUGGAGAGCUUAUUGGAAAGGAUAUAUUAUAGGUAUGCGAGUAUAUUUAGUGGGUGAUCCAAUGAGUACAAUACCCGAAGGUAGAAAGAAAGUAUUGAAAUUCAAAAUCAUUCAUUAUACACUCGUAUCAGCAGUACUAUGUUUUCUAGUAUUUAUCGCGUGGCAAUUGCUUUCUGUAACACAUUCUAUUUUAGUAAAAUAAAUAAUAAAUAUACAUAUAAUAUAAGAA